UCGUAAUGCAUUACAGCAGAAGAGCUAGAAAAACUCCAAUGGCCUGCCCUUUUUUACCACUUUCGAAUGCCAAGUAGGUUUCAUAGCUCAUUGGUGCUGAAUCCUUUGGCCUUCUCUGGGUUUAGUUUGAUCUCAACACUCCAAAACAUUUAUUUCUGGGUGUUGCAGUUUUUGUUGCUUUGUUCUGAGUACCUAUCAAAAAAAUGAGUUCUGCAACCUUCGGUUCCAUUUGUUUUGAUAGUGGAUGCUUAUGGAAGAACGAAAUCAAUGUUUCAAAAACUAAGAAGCGAAAUGGAGGAAGGUUUGUUAAAUGUUUGGCAAAUACUAAAACUCAGAAAGCAGAAAAGGCAGUUCGCAUUGGUGUUCUUGGAGCCAGUGGUUACACUGGUGCUGAGAUUAUCCGGCUCCUGGCAAACCAUCCACACUUUGGCAUUACGUUGAUGACUGCUGAUAGAAAAGCUGGUCAAUCAAUUGGUGCAGUGUAUCCUCAUUUAGUCACACAAGAUCUGCCAACCUUAGUUGCUAUCAAGGAUGCUGAUUUUUCUGAAGUAGAUGCAGUAUUUUGUUGUCUGCCACAUGGAACCACUCAGGAAAUUAUCAAAAGCCUUCCAACAAGUUUAAAGAUUGUUGAUCUCUCUGCGGACUUUCGGCUACGAGAUAUAUCUGAGUAUGAAGAGUGGUAUGGUCAGGCACACAGAGCACCAGAUUUGCAGAAAGAAGCUGUAUAUGGUUUGACAGAGAUUGUGCGGGAGGAAAUUAAAAAUGCACGCCUAGUUGCCAAUCCUGGUUGCUAUCCAACAUCCAUUCAACUUCCCCUUGUUCCACUGAUAAAGGCUAAUCUCAUUGAGUUUAGAAAUAUCAUCAUCGACUCAAAAUCUGGUGUCAGUGGAGCAGGGCGUAGUGCAAAAGAGGAAAAUUUAUACACAGAAAUAGCUGAAGGCAUCAAGUCUUAUGGUGUUACCCGUCAUCGCCAUGUUCCAGAAAUUGAACAAGGGCUAUCUGAUGCUGCACAUUCGAAAAUAACCGUCAGUUUCACUCCACAUCUAAUACCAAUGAGCCGUGGUAUGCAAUCGACCAUAUAUGUAGAAAUGGCUCCAGGUGUAACAGUUGAGGACUUGUACCAACAAUUGAAGACGUCCUAUGAGGAUGAAGAAUUUGUCAAGUUGUUGGAGAAACGAGCUGUCCCACGCACUCAUGAUGUCCGGGGCUCUAAUUAUUGUUUCAUUAAUGUCUUUGCUGAUCGAAUUCCUGGACGAGCAAUUAUUAUUUCUGUUAUUGAUAAUGUAGUUAAGGGAGCUUCAGGUCAAGCUUUGCAGAAUCUCAACUUGAUGCUGGGAUUUCCAGAAAACACAGGGCUUCUUUAUCAACCCUUGUUUCCUUAGCAUGUAUUCUUUUUGACCGACUAAGAGUAAACUUGAUUCUUCGGCUAAGAAGAUUCUUUAUUUUAUAUUUUUGUCAGUAGUUUGUAGUUUUUUUAUGAAUUUCUGGUUCAUUCCAAAAUGUUGGUUUUGAUGUUCUUGUAGCUUCUCUCUUUAAUUUAUUGGUCCAGUGCCACCUUUUGUAAACUAUUGCCAAGGCAAAAUAAAAAAGAAUAAGAAGGAGCUUCUUUUAUUGUA